UUUGCUAAAUUCAAACCAACUUCCAUAAAUCCUCAAAAAAACUCAUAAAAAACCCUCAAUUCUUUCGUCCAAAUCGCAAUUUUCUUCAAAAAGAUAACAAAAAAUGGGAGAUUUUUACUCUUACAACAAUGAAGUUGAAGAACAAGAAGAAGCGAUUAAACUUCCACCUUCAGUAGAACAAAUGCUAAACCAAAUCUGCAAAAAUCAAAGACAAAAUUCACCAGAUGAAGAAGUACGAAGACUUCUUUUAUCAAUCGGAGAAGAAGGUUCACUUGAUAUUUUGAGUAAAAUCUCAGUUUGUCAAAUUAGAAAAACAUUCAGUGGAUUUAUUGUAUUUAUGGCAAAAAAAUAUUAUCAGUUCGAAACUCAACAGUUUUAUCAGCAAACUGAAGUUUCAUCUGCUGAAAGUUUUUUUCAGUCUCCUCAAAUUCAAAUUGUUCAUAAUAAUGGUUAUCUGCAGCCUCAAAAACGAUUUUCUUCCAAUGAACCUUCAGAGCAACUUGAUGAGCCUCAGGGACUGCUUAAAAAUGCAACUUCUACCGGUCAGUCAAAAGAAGCACGGUUAGCCCCUGUUUGUGCUGGACUUUCAUCACACCUUCAGGAGUAUAAAUCUGAAAAUGCUCAGCUAGAGGAGCUUCUUGUUGCAGAGAGGGAGUUGAGUAAAUCAUAUGAGGCUCGGAUAAAAGAGCUUCAGAAAGAUUUAUCUGCAGCCAAAAAAGAGGUGUCCAAGGCAGAGUCCAGUAUGGCUGAGGCUCUUGCUGCAAAGAAUGCUGAAAUUGAGGUUCUUGUUAGUUCUACGGAUGCACUUAAGAAGCAAGCUGCACUAUCCGAAGGAAACCUGGCAUCAUUGCAGGCUAAUAUGGAGUCUUUAAUGAGAAACAGGGAACUAACAGAGACAAGGAUGAUGCAAGCUUUACGGGAGGAGCUGGAUGCUGCCGGGGGAAGAGCAGAAGAAGAGUGUGCUGCUCAUAAUGCUACUAAAAAGGCUUCUAUGGAAAGGGAGGUAGAGCUGGAGCACCGAGCUCUAGAGGCAUCCACAGCCUUGGCCAGGGUGCAGAGAACAGUUGAUGAGAGGACUGCAAAGGCAUCAGAGCUUGAGCAGAAGGUAGCACUGCUUAAGGUUGAAUGUGCAACUCUCAAUCAAGAACUGCAGGACAUGGAAGCUCGUGCACGCCGUGGACAAAAGAAGUCCUCAGAAGAGGAAAAUCAAGUGCUUCAGGCAUGGCAAGAAGUGGAGCGUGCACGCCAAGGUCAGAGGGAGGCCGAAAGCAAGCUAGCUUCUUUGGAGGCUGGAAUGCAAAAGCUAAGAGUUGAAACGUCUGCCAUGAAAAUGGAUGCGGAACAUUACUCUCGCCAGACCCAGGUAUCUCGAGAUACGUCGGCUGCUAGAUUUCAGAGAUUUAUCUGUUGGAGACUAUCGAGGUAGCUGCUUUGGCGUCUGCGGACCUUGAGUUAUUUGUAUUGUUCUACAUUUCCUUUAAGUUAUUUGUAUUGUUCUACAUUUCCAGACAGUGUUUGUAUCAGUUAGACUAUUAUCAUUUAUAUGCUAUUGUACUCUGUAACACCAGAUUUUCGGAGUGUAUUGUAUAAAGACAUAUUAUUUUGUAUCAGAAAUUGUGGGAUUUUACUC